CCCGCCAAGAACGUCAACAUUAGGGAGGCAACCAGCAGAGUCGUAGUGUCGGAAUUUAUAUAGUGCAGUCUGUCACACGAGCAUGACAGCGAAAGGAAAAAUGAAAGCAGCUCUGGUGAUUUUCUUUGCCUUGGUGGCCGUGGGCGACUGUGCUUUCGUGUGUCGCGACACGGAAUGGAAAUGCGACCGGACGAAAUGCAUCCCCAAGAAAUGGAUGUGUGAUGGAGACCCAGACUGCUCCGAUGGAACAGACGAAUUGAUGUCCAACUGCGCAGAGUCCGAAAAGCCCGCCAAGAGAGAAUGCAGAGCCACCGAGUUCAAAUGCGAUAACGGAAACUGCAUCCCCAACCUGUGGAAAUGCGACGGAACGGAUGACUGCAGGGAUAACUCAGACGAAGCAGAAUGCAGUGCAACCUGCUCUACAGGAGAAUUCCAGUGCGAGAGUUCAAAGCAAUGUAUCUCCGGCCGAUGGAGAUGUGAUGGUACUCAAGACUGCAGAGACGGAAGCGAUGAGGUAAACUGCACAAUCACGACUACACCAGUGGCACCCCACAUGUUCAGAUGUGGCUCUGGGAUUAGCAUCCCGAAGAGAUGGGUUUGCGAUGGAGAGAUCGACUGCACUGAUGGUACAGAUGAAGAGGAAUGCGACGCCGAGUCCCUCAAAUCCAAGAACGCCACAGCAGCGCCUAGACCUAGCAUCUGCAGAGACAACGAAUUCCGCUGCGGUUCCUACUGCAUCAUGAUGUCGUGGGUGUGUGAUGGGACUAAAGACUGCAUGAACGGCGAAGACGAAGAGAACUGUGAAACCUGCCCACCCAAUAAGUUCCAGUGCGCCGAUAAGAAGUUGUGCAUCCCCAAGUUCCAGAGGUGCAACAUGCACAAGAAUUGUCAGGACGGAUCGGAUGAACUUGACUGUCCCACUCUUCCGCCCAUCCCAGAAGUUCUGGCAUGUAACCUAACAACACACUUCAAGUGCAGAUCGGGAAAGUGCAUCGAACAGAAAUAUUUAUGCGACGGAAAGAACAACUGCGGCGGAUGGGAUGAUGAGAGUGAAGAAGUGUGUGGGGUGAACGAGUGUGAGAGGAACAACGGAGGCUGUACUCAAAAAUGCGUCGACACCAGAGACGGCCAUUACUGUCAGUGUGACAGCGGUUACAGGCUCGUCGGGAAGUACACUUGUGAAGAUAUCAAUGAAUGCGAAGAAAUCCCAGGCACAUGUUCACAAAAAUGCGUGAACACUAUUGGAGGAUACCACUGCACGUGCCUACCAGGUUACAAGAGGGACCCUGGUAACUACACAAGAUGCAAGGCAGCUGCAGGAGAAGCAUACCUGUUCUUCUCUCACAGAUACGACAUCCGCAGUCUGAGACUCAGAGACAGAGACAUGACUUCUAUCAUCACCGAUGCUCAAGGAGCCACUGCACUAGACUAUAUGUUCACCAGCCAUGAGAUCGUCUGGUCUAACAACAAGGAAAAUGAAAUUGUGAGGGCUAACCUGACAACUCCAGAAAUUCGUGAGGUUCUUGUGAAAGGAGACAGAGUAUCAGCAGAUGGACUGGCAAUAGACUGGAUUCAUAACCACAUUUACUACACAGACACAGGAAACUUCAAAAUUCAGAUGCUAUCUUGGGAUGCCAAGUGGUCAAAAACUGUUGUCAAUGAAAAACUUGGCCAACCAAGAGCUAUUGUUGUCAGUCCCUUUGAUGGAUACAUUUUCUGGACUGACUGGGGAAAUGAACCUAAGAUUGAGCGCGCUGGACUGGACGGAGCUGAACGCACCCCUAUCAUCAAGGAGCCUCAUGUUUUCUGGCCAAACGGAAUAACCAUUGACCACUCCAAUGAUCACAUCUACUGGUGUGAUGGCAAACUCAACACGAUCAGCAGGGCUAGCCUUAAUGGAUCUCAUAUUGAGGUGAUCCUCUUCUCGCCAAGUUUUCUGCGACUUCCUUACUCAAUCACUGUGUUUGAAGAUAGACUGUACUGGACUGACUGGUCUCAGCUAGCACUUUACAGUGCUGACAAGUUCACGGGAGAAGACAUCAAGAAUAUUUCUGCUGGGCAUUUGCUUGAAUCACCAAAGGUCGUCCAUGUAUUCCACGAAUACAGACAACCUACUGGAGAGAACGUUUGUGAAGGACAUCAGUGCAGUCACUUCUGCAUCAGAACCAUUGCUGGGGAUCCACUUUGUUCUUGCCCCGACAGCUUGGUUUUAUCAACAAGGAAUAUGCUCAUAUGUGUUGAACUCGAUUCAGAGGAGGCUGCUCCAGUGGAUGUUAUCCCAAGCGAAACUACAGCAAGAACCGUUGAGCAAAUCACCGACUCUCCUAAACAAGAACCCAAAGUGACCACAGUUUUACCUAAGAAAAAAAUCAAGGUACCUCAGAAAGAAGUCAAGGAAGACAAAAGCAACGAAGUGUAUAUUCCUACCAGAGCUGAGGAACGUAAAGCUCCUCUGAAUGAAGAGCCCCAUGCUGGAAUGAUCCUAGGUGUUGCUCUGGGUGCUACAGUUGUGAUGGCAGUGUCGGUUUUGGGAUUUGUUGCUUGGUGGAAAUCCCGACAGGGAGUUAUUAAGCGCAUCCGGUUCCAUAAUCCAGUCUACAAGAAAACUACUGAUGAAGAAAUGGAUGGUGGCGGAUUUGUCAUUGGACAGGAGGACUUAAUAUACAAUCCAAGUAACUUCCACUACACAGAAGAGCCAGAACCGUGCAUGAGAGAUGAUGACAAUGCACCAAUAAUACCCAAGAAAGAUAAAUUAGAUGAUUAAGACCAGUGCCUUCUUUCCUCAGCAUCCAAUGACAACAAGGCUGGGCCUUGCAAUAAUAUUCUGUAACAUUCUAGGCGUUUAUGCAAUUCAGUGUUCUUGACAUCAAUGAUAUGUUAUAAAUCCAUGUUCUCGUCUAAAUCAAAUUAGAUUGUAAGUUAUUUAUUGCCAGCUUUGACGACAAAAUGAGAGUUGUAAAUUACUUUCGUAUUCUAAACUAUCCAUGACAGUUUCAAAUCAGGGCAUUUUCAGACAGGAAUGCCAAGAAUAAUUGGUCAGUGUUGAGCCUGAUCUAAGGCAUCAACAUUUAACUUUUUAUUUUUUUUAUGAUAACCCAGAAGUUCCACAGCAGCAGCAAACCAAUCUGGGGCAUCAAUCAGUAGGAGAUCCCCAUUCCACUACCCGUAAUUUUGUAUCUGUAAACAUUUAUACCGUCGUAUGUUGUGCUACUUUCUGUCUGUGAUAUCUGUAUAGUGUAAAUAAUGUUCACGCCAUCCGAGAAGUUGAAACGGGUUCGACAACCUCCACAGUCGGGCGAAGUCUAACGGAAGUUGUGAAUCUCAAGGGCAUUCAGACCUUCCACAAUUCAUUUCUUCAUUCCACCAUCAUCAUUAUCAUCAUUUCACUUGUACAUUCCAUUUUAUAUAAGCCGUAUUUUACUCACGCGUGCUAUAUUUGUUACGUAGUUGUUAAGGUCAUGGCGCAACUAAAUGACACUUCAUACUGAAUCCUAUAGUGGGUCUUCUCUACCCAAUGUAUACAUCUAUAUUCUCGUAUUUUAAUGAAAUGAGGUGCGUUCAUUCUUCCAAACGUAAGUGCUAACUUUUGAUGACGUUUAUUCUCUUUGACAUUUUACAUUGGACCAUGACAGGUCGUAAAGUGACGUAUUUAACCAGAUCUGACUCUGAGACACUUUAUUUAUAAUUUUCCACAUAUGCCAGGGUAUCAUUUUGGAUCGUUCGUGAGCUGACUAAUGACUACACACCCAAGAUCAACUGAACAGCAACAAAGUUUUCAGUAAACACGGCAAACCGAUGACUGAACAACACUAUGGUUACUCUUUUCUCCAACUUUAAUGUAGCAAUUACUGACUGAACAACGCUGAUUUUUGAUAGGACAACAACAGCAUACGCGCGUCCGCAAAGCAAAAGACUCAUGACAACGACACAACAUCCUUCAAUAGCCCUUAAGAAUACCUUCGGUUGUGAAUCUGAGGCUUAGAAGCACCGCAAGACUAUAUUGCUGCAGCUAUUACAUAUCGUAUAGGAAUAAGACUUCAUCCCAUCGUUAAAACUCAGAGAAGAAAGAUUCUGUUGACCGAUGUGCCAGUAAUGCUUACAUUUAGUCAUACAUAUAUUUUAUACGGUAUUUAUUUCUCGUGCUAUAUAUUUUUGUACAAAGACAGUUAUAUAGAUAUACGUGUUUGUGAAUGCAUCUAAAGUGUCCCGUCUAUUCUCCUGCCACGGUCUUCAAAAGACUUAGUGUUGGUAGGUCGUCCUGUUGUAGACAUUAGGAAUUUGGGACGAAAGCUGCUCCUCGAGAAGAGAGGAUUAUGGUCCAUUUCAAUCUGAAAAUUUUUAAUACUCAAUGAAAAGCAGAAACCAUUUUGAAUUACUCUUAUUGUAUCGCAUCCAAAAUAAUUCUUCAGGUUUGGAAGAACGUGAAGACAAAUCCUCUCUCUCUCUCGAACCAAAAUUUUUUUUAAAUAUUGACUAAGUGCUCAAACAUUUUAGGUCUGAGGCUCAAAGCCAUUUUGUACAUUUUUAUAUAUAUUAUAUAUACAUAUAUAUUAUUUACUGUAUCAAUAUUUUGUGUACCGUCUAAUGCAAUGACAAAACUUGUCCUCUGUAAAAGGAAAAAUGAUCUGUAAAUAAAGCGUUGUAAAACAUU